UGAUUAUUUUGCAACUGUUAAACAUUAUCAAUAAAAUUAACAGGGUAUCAGUUAAAUAAAUAUGUGUGAUAGGUAUUCUUAAGUCACUGUGUGAAUGUAUUUACAAAUAGGAGACAUUCCUUUUUAAACAUAUUUCAAUUUGUGGACAAAAAAUAACUUGCCGAUUUUAUGUGUAUCAACAGGGAACUAAAUUACAUACAGUCGUUGGAAUACUGAGAGAAAUUAUCUGAUUAUACCUGAAUCAUAGAACUUGGUGACAACUUGGAUCAUUUACAACUGUUCUUCACGAUGUCGAGAAGAUAUAUCAUUAGCAGACGCGUCGGCAAUAAUAGAGGAAAAUAUUAAUCUGUCGCAAAUUCAAACGCAUCAAAAUAUUGAACCAUUUUAUGGCAUGAGUGUUUCGCAAGCUGUGGAUUAUUACGAUUUAGGAACGUUUGACAAGGAGAUUUCCAAUUCUUAAUCCGCCUCUAGAUUCCACCGGGACUGCACCAGCGCCAUUUUAUGAGGAAAAUUCUGGUACUGAAGCGACAAAUGGAAAACUCGAGCGUGUUGGCCAUUCCAGCGAUAAAACGUCAAAGGAUCAUUUUCAAAUUGCAACUUGAGCAACAUUUCAUUUUGAUUUAUUAUUGUUGUUGUUUUUUUUUUUUUUUGCAAAUAUGUUCUGUUUCAAAAGUGACAGAAGUUAUGUUUAUUUUUUUCGGCUACUUCUUGAAAUUUAGGAGUGGACAUUAUAUUUUUUGUUCUCUUGCCUGACGGAUAAAAUCUGCAGAAAUUUCCUUUAAAUUUGUAUUUUGUAUUUGAAACCUAAUAAAACUGACAUUGAUGUGUGUGGUUUUUUGUAGGCGUCAUCUUUUCCUAAGGAGGCGGAGCUUACCCAUGCAAUAUUGGUUUUAGUGUUGUUGGUUAUUUCAUGGCUGUUUUCUCAUUGAGUUAUAUAGGCCCAUGUGACCUUUCAUGCAAUAUUAUUUGGUUGCUUCAGUUUAGAGCAUACAUUAUUGUACAUGCUUGUCGUCUCUAUCUUAUUCCAUAAAAAGAUCAAAGGAAAAAAGAAGAUUCAUGUUACAAUUGUGUUUACCGCUACUUUCAGCACUAUAUAUUUCGUGGCAGCCAGAACGAUGAAGGCCAUUUGAUAUGCCGAAAUAUUUGUCGAUACGAUUUCAAGGCAUUUCAUCUUGUUCGUAUAUUUUUAUCUUUUAUUACUAGCGUUGCAGAUAAGAUCGGUCUUCUUAGGUCGUUUACGCUCCAUAUUUAUUUCAAAAAUCUUUACAAAUAUUUGUUUUUAACAAAUUCUAAAUUGCCUUGGAGAUAUAUGUGUGCAUGAAGCGUAAAGGAAGGCUUCAAAGCUUAUUCAAAAUUCAAAUUGCCUUGAAUGACAAUGGAAAUAAUGUGAGGUGUUAAACUAAACCUCAAUUUGAAUUUAUAAAUGUCUUUUACGAUUAUUUCAAUCUGAUUAAAAUGCAGUGUUCACGCUUUAGUUUCAACAUCUUCGUUCAUUUGGCGCAAUGUCUUCGUUAAUUUGUGUGCCGUGUAUUGAUCUCUCUCGUUACACAUUCUAUCGUUGAUGAUAAUAAAAGAAAUAAUUUUAACAGACAAAUGUGCACAAGGGUGCUGUAUCCGAUGAGUACGCGCAAUGAUAUAUGGUUUUAACAUUUUGUAAAGGAUGAAUCGGCGAUUGUGUCCGAAGUUUCUACCAUGUGUAUAUGAUUUAGAUUUUUCAUGUAGAUAAUUAAAACACGGGACAUACAAAUAGAUUCAUACAAACAGAUGGAUAAUUAUACAGAGUGCAGCUAGGCCAGUCAUUAUUGAUCGAACAUCUUACGAUUGCAAACAAUAUAUAAAUAUAUAUAUAUAUCAAUACACAAGAUGCAUAUGAAUUAUCAGGCUUUACUUGUUAAUUUUAUUUAUUCACAUUACAGUAUUACAGUUGGAAAGGUGCUAAUAAUACCGGAGAUAGUUUGAUCAACGGACAGCAUGUGUGUUAUUUUAAAAAUACAUUCGAACAUCUGAUAGAAAUUAGGAUUACUUGUUAUACACAAUGAUCCGGUAUCGUCGAUUUACUCUAAAGUUUCACAGUCUAGCAAUAUUCAUUGUCCUUGGGUUUUUGUUUGCUGGUCAUCUCUACACACACGACAAACUGAAACGGGCAGAUAUUUUAAGUUCAAUUUUUCAGAAUAUCGUCACAGGAUUUUGUUUUAUAACAAGAUUACCUCGUGGUGAAAUUUAUUUGUACUCUGCAGUAGCCAAUCCAGAUGAGAGAUGGGGGAAUUUUACAAGUAUUACGAUAAAUCUGUGGGAUGGAUCUCAGAACAAGAAAUUUGAUUGCUGUAUUUUCAACAAGAAAACAAUGGAUAAUUUUGUAAUGAAGGAAGCCUACAUCAAGAAUAAUUUUGGAUAUUCUCCUUUGAUUGCACGUCAGUACCAGUGCCAUGUUCCCAAAUGCAUUAUGAACGCAACACAUGUUGGAAUGGUCGAACGUGGGUCACCGUGUUCUAUAUUUAUGACAACAAUUCCAGUGUUUUAUCCGAGCCGGGAAAAGGGAAAACUAGCUCUUUGUGCAAAGAUUGCGUAUGGAACUUUGUCACCACAACGACUAAUUGAAUGGUUUGAAUAUCAUCGUUUGAUGGGUGUCGACAAAGUUCUUACUAUGGUCCAGUAUCUUAAUGAAGAUGCAUACAAGGUGCUUUUGUAUUAUCAAAAACUUCAAUUUGGAGAAAUUGAUGAUUUUCCAUUGCCACUUCCAGGCAAAGUAAUCGGUUUUCAAGACAGGGGUUUUGAGGAAUACCGCUUUUCACUACCUCAAUGCUCACAUGACAAACAAGUCGGUGUUUACAGCUGCCAAGAAAAAUUACAAGGCUACGAUUAUGUUGGUGUGGUGGACUUCGAUGAGUACAUAGUGCAUGAUCAAUUAUGGAGUUAUAAAGAUAUUCUAAAUAAAGAACUGAUGCCAAAAUACUCCAAUGCAGCUGGAUUUACAUUUAAUGUCUCCUUCUUUAUUCUGGAUUGGGGUGAUACUGGAAGUGGUGACCUAUAUCUUACUAAAUACGUACAGAGGACAGAGCCUCGAGUAGAAUGUUUUAAAAAUAUUUACAUUCCCAAUAGGGUAUCUGAAGUAACAACUCACACAUUUACACCUAAAAUUCGAUACAAAAGGUAUCUACUCUCAGAACACAACACGGUGAUGCAUCACUACCGAGAGUGCCCAAAAGUUCCUCAAUGGAAAAAUUGUAUGACAGAUCCAAGAACCACAGACUUAAAGAUGGAAAAAAUAAAGACUGAAAUGACUAAACGUGUUAAAGCCGUACAAAAACAUCUUGGAAUUUAUAAUUAAGUAAUGUGGUACAAUGGUUAAAUCUGGCUACCUGUCUCUUUUUGUAUCGGCGAAAAAAAUAUCAGAUUUAACUAAUAACCUUUGUAUAACUCAAACACUAAACGGAAUCGUACUCAUACCCAACCCAAUUUUGACUUUUGGUACAUUUUUCUCGAACAUGUGAAAAUCAUGUUUUUAUUUUGAACAAUUACAUAUAAAAAAAUGUCAAAUAGUUUUAAAUGGACAAAUCAUGUAAAAUUAAACCAAUAAUUCAAAUAUAACAAAACUUGACAUACCUAUCGUAUUCUUCAAAUAUAUUUCAAUUGACCAUAAAAUAUAAUCAAACAGAACAAUGAUGUUCUUCCAAUAUAUUUAAACUGACCAAUCAAAUAUAUCACUUCAGAACAAUUAUGUUUAAUUCAAACUAACUUAAACAAUCAAAAUUGUGAUUUUUAUUUCCAAUGUGUUAAUUCCAUUAAUUUAUUGUACGUUUUUCAUUUGUAUUCAUGUAGACAUUAAAAAAAUAGAAUUUCAUGUA